UUCUCUCUCUCUCUCUCUCUUCAGCGGCCGGCCGAGUGCUUGUUAACCCACCGUUCGUCCUCUCCCAUUCAUUUCUCACCAACUCUCUCCCUCUCUCUUCCUUGAGAUCUCGGAAACCCUAACCCUAACUUCUCCGGGAGCCCCUCGCCGCGGAGCGAUGGCAGUUGCACCCGGUGUCGCUGCCCGAGCCCUAGCCCUAGCCGUGGCCGCCGUCCUCCUCGCCGGCCCGGCCGCUUCCAACUCCGAGGGCGACGCGCUCUUCGCCCUCCGCCGGAGCCUCUCCGACCCCGACAACGUCCUUGAGAGCUGGGAUCCCACGCUCGUCAACCCCUGCACCUGGUUCCACAUCACCUGCAACCAGGAGAACCGCGUCACCAGAGUGGAUUUAGGAAAUUCUAAUCUGUCAGGCCAUUUGGUAGCCGAACUUGGAAAGCUUGAGCAUUUGCAGUAUCUGGAGCUUUACAAAAACAACAUUCAAGGGACAAUCCCAGCUGAACUUGGUAACCUAAAGAGCCUGAUUAGCUUGGACUUGUAUAACAACAACAUUUCGGGGACUAUACCUCCAACACUGGGCAAACUGAAGGCUUUAGUAUUUUUACGGCUCAAUAACAACCAAUUAACUGGACCAAUCCCAAGAGAACUUGUUGGAAUUUCUAGUCUCAAAGUUGUAGAUGUCUCAAGUAACAACCUUUGUGGGACGAUUCCCACCUCUGGACCUUUUGAACACAUCCCCCUGAACAACUUCGAAAAUAAUCCCCGAUUGGAAGGUCCUGAGUUGCAAGGGCUUGUAACCUAUGAUACAAACUGCUAGAUGGUGACUGGUGACAACGACAUAUGGGUAGGGGAUAUUUAUAUAUUGGUUUUGGUGUUGAAUCUAGGCCAUUAUGUAUAUCUACUUUGUAGCCGUCUGCUUCAUAGUUGUAGUGCGGGAACACUGCUGCUUGAUGUUGUAUGUAGAUUGGUGGGUGAAUGUUUUCCUUGUACUGCUACUUGGAUUGGAAUAAAUGAAGACAAAGCUAAUCCUAGAAAUA